UGGCUGGACCUGCUUCAUGUCCUUUCUUCAGUAUCUCUAACAUACUGUAAAUAAAUACUCUAAAAUCUGUUGGCAGAUUUUUAUAUGAGUUAUUAGCUACUAUAUAAUAUACUACAGAAUGGGACCUGCUGACAGUUUUUCUCCAUUUUAUACAGAAAACAGAACUAUUCCUGCUAACACCUAUCAUUCUGACAAAUACCUGACAAUGAAGGUCAAGGGUGAUUUGCAGUUUUCCUCUGAGUUAUCUGAGGAGGAAGAAAAUGAGUAYGAGACUGUAAAUUCUUCCAUGCUGGAGGCCAUCCAUUCUUUGAGAAUCCUUCCUGCUAAGCCUCUACAAGAAUCUGAAUAUGCAGAUAAACGUUGCUUGAGGCCYUCAAGUACCACUUCCCCAACAAGCGAGAACCCAUCUCAGCCCCUUCAACACUCAGCUAUUCAUACAUUUGACCCCGAGGGGACCGGAGUGCCAAAUGUAAGAGGAGGAAGAAUGAAAAUACAUGGAUGCCAGUUCUUCUUUGACCUCUCCAGGCCUCUGAAGAUGYUGCCAAAGCAGUACCAGCCGCUUCCUCCAGAGCCACUGACAAGCAGCCAGGUCUUUCACAAGAGGAACACGCUCAGCCAAAAUCCCACCUUUCCUCUAUCAGCAAAAGCCACAAGACAUCAAUCUGUUAAGGAAUCAGAUGUAUGUAUGAAGCAGGUAAUUUAUUUCACAGUAGUUAUUAGAUACUGUAAGUUACACAAAAGAGGAAAUAAUAAGUUCUUAUCCUUUUUACUAAUAGUUACAAGUUUGGGGAAGAAACCUGAAGCAUCUUUUCAAGCACAACAGCAUACUCCUCAAGCCAGCCCUCAAUGUACAUGGAGAUCUAAAAACAUGUGCAGAUCAGGUUCCACAUUAAGUGCAGAUAAUUGGACARUGAAGAAGCCACCACUUCCUACAUCAUAUGUACCAUGCAAAAAUAAAUCAAAACAUUUGCUUGCAGAACAGGAAGUGCAGUCUCUUACCCAGCCCACUGAAAAGGAUUUAAACCARUGUGAAUGGUACAUUGGAGAAUAUGAUCGCCAUGAAGCAGAGAAGAUACUGUUACACAACAACAUUGAUGAGACAUUCUUGAUUAGAGAUUGUUCAAAGAAAUCAAAGGCUGAACCAUACGUUUUGGUUGUUUAUUAUGGAAGAAGAGUAUACAACAUUAAAGUCCGUUUUCUGGAAGAAAGCCAACAAUACGCACUGGGAACAGGGCUCAGAGGAGAGUGUAAAUUUAAUUCUGUGGAAGAAAUCAUUGACUUCUACAAAUCCGUUCCCAUAACACUCAUUGACGGAAAGGAUCARUCAGGAACCCACAGAGAACAAUGCUACCUCACACAUCCAUUCAAGCCAUGCUGAYGUUUUCUGCCUUACUGUCACUGACUCAUUUGUAUAGCUAUAAAUAGAAGUUAUUUCAAUGUCUCAGGAAUUAGAUUAACCUUUUGAGCAAGGAGCUCCCCAUAACAUAAUGAAGCAUUCGACAGAUCUACUCCAUUUUUUCAUUGUUGCAUUUUCACUUUGAGGAUACAAGUAAAGAAUGUGCCAAUGUAAUAAUUCAGAAAGUGUUGAGAACRACUCCUGAUAUCUUUACGAUGACUGAUCAAUUUGCUAAUCUUGUACUCUACCUCCUAACUUCAGAUGAAAACAAAACUCACCCUUGCUUAUCUAAAUGUCACUGAAAUACCAUUAAGUAGCAAAAGUUAAUAAAGUGUAUCACUAUCAUCAAAUAAAUAUCCUUGCUUUUAAAAAUACACGUCACAGUUCUCACUGUCUAACAAUUUCAUG